GGCCCCAUCCUUGUUUUAGGAUUUAUUUUACGUAUAUAAGUUUAUAAUGAAUAUGUACUGAACGCUCAUGUCUGCUAGGUACAUUAUGUGCUUACAUGCACUAGCGUUUAUACCACACGUACCAUGUGGAAUACACGUCCUGUACGCAAGAACACGACGUAUAGACCUGCGCAUAAAUACGCCUGUUGCGUAGUACACAGUACACAGCACGGUUAUGCGUCCUGUGUGUACGAUCUUGCCACCUAGGUGGCCAUAUACGAUCAACCACAUACAUCUUCUACUGCAUACUUCUUAACGUAUUCCAUGUUAGUUAACCCAUACGAGCAAUUGACGCAGUUGCGCCUUUGAAAUGAUACGAUUAUGUAAUUUACGAUUAUAGUCAUCCGUUUCACACACCUAUGCAAGCGUCACACGGAGAUCGGGGGUCUCACGGGCUGGCCUUGCAGGGCGAUCCUCCGCGGGGGGGGGGCGCGGGGUUCUCCUGGGGACUGCGCGGCCCUGACCGCCCGCCGUGUCCGCCCGCAGGUGCCGGCGCGCGGGGAUGCUGGCCGUGUGCGUGGACGUGGUGCGUGCUGAGCGCCUGCGCGGCCUGUGGAGAGGCCUGGCCCCGUCGGUGCUGCGGUGCGUGCCCGGCGUGGGCAUCUACUUCUGUGCCCUGCACUCCCUGGAGCGGCGGCUGCGCGGCCCGCCCUCCCCGCUGCAGGCGCUGCUGCUGGGCGCCAGCGCGCGCGCCCUGGCCGGCCUGUGCACCCUGCCGAUCACCGUGGUCAAGACCCGCUUCGAGCCAAAGAAUCAUGAGCGUUGCCGUUAG